CAGGCUUUGCCUUUUCUGGUAGUUAAAGUCGCUGAAAGAACAAGCAGGAAUUCUUUGUGCAGCAGAAGGGCUCAGAUAUAAACCAGACUGUAGAAGCUGAUAUAUGACAGGAGACGACACAUUGUUGCCCAUGGACUAAACUUUAGCUACUGCUAAGUGAGACAGCUAGGGGAAUCUUUUGGGCACCAUGGACGAUGACUUUGAGCGCCGCAUGGAGCUGAGGAGGCAGAGGAGAGAGCAGAUGCGCCUCGAAACUGAAAAGGGAGGUUUCGCGAAUGACGAUGACGAGGAGGAAGCUCGGGAGCGAAGGAGGCGUGCAAGGGAGGAAAGAAAGAAGAUGAGAGAUUUAGAGGAAUCUGGAAACACUGAUGUGAUCAAUACUAACAGUGUGACGGAGACCGAAUCCUCCACGGCCGGUACUGAAGGAGCAGAUGAUGACCAGGCUUUGCUGGAGCGCCUGGCCAAGAGGGAGGAGCGCCGGCAGAAGAGGAUGCAGGAGGCCCUGGAGAGGCAGAGGGAACUCGACCCCACAGUUGGAACCACCAACGGCACAGUGGAGGCGGAGGAUCAGACCUCCAUCGACAGCAGCAGACCGCAACAUACAGAGGAUGAGGAGGACAAGAAGGAGGAGAAACCCGCCGAGGAGGAGGUAUCAGCGUCUGCUACCAACUCGUUGAGGAAGGACGAAGAAGAUAAGAAGGAGGAUGAGAAGGAAUCUGUUGAAGAAUCACCAACACAGACCACAACAAAUGAAGAGGAGAUUCAGGAUAAAACUGUGGCAGCAGAAGUGGAGGAUGAACAGCCCAGUUCAGAAAACAAAGACGCCGAAGAAGAGGCUGCUCCUGAUGUUGACAAUGAGGAAGAAGAAAGGAAGAGGAAAGAAGAAGAGGAGAGGCAGCAAAAAGAAAUUGAAGAAAAGCAGAGGAUAGAAGAGGAGGAGAGACAGCAAAAGGAAAUGGAAGAAAAGCAGAGGAUAGAAGAGGAGGAGAGACAACAAAGAGAAAUGGAAGAAAAGCAGAAGAAAGAGGAGGAAGAAAGGCAGCAAAGGGAGGAGGAGGAAAGGAAGAAGAGAGAGGAAGAGGAAAAACAACAAAAAGAAAUGGAAGAGCGGCUUAAAGAAGAGGACGAAGAAAAACAGAGAAAGGAGAUGGAAGAAAAAAAGAAAAAAGAAGAGGAAGAGCAGAGACAGGAGAUGGAGGAGAGGCAGAAGAGAGAAGAAGAGGAAAGACAGAAACGGGAGAUGGAAGAAAGAUUGAAAAAGGAGGAGGAAGAAAAACUAAGAAAAGGGGAGGAGGAAAAAAAGAAGAAAGAGGAAGAGGAAAAACGAAAAAAGGAAAUAGAAGAAAAGAAGAAAAAGGAGGAGGAAGAGAAGCGAAAGAAGAAAGAGUUGGAAGAGAAGAAGAAGAAGGAGGAGGAGGAGGAGAAACGGAAAAAAGAGAUGGAAGAAAAGAAGAAAGAAGAGGAGGAGAAGAGGAAAAAGGAGGCUGAGGAGAAGAAGAAAAAAGAGGAAGAGGAGAAACGCAAAAAGAAAGAGAUGGAAGAGAAGAAGAAGAAAGAGGAGGAAGAGAAGCCAAAGAGAUUUGGGUUUAAGGAGAAGAAUGAACCAGCAAAACAGAACGGCGCUCUUGCUGAGAAUAAAUUCAAGAAAUUUGAAAAGACAUCAAGCAACACCAAGGCAGAUGAUCUGGAGCGACAGGAGGCUGAGCGGAAACUGCAGGAGCUGAAGAGGCGACGAAACAACGCAGAAAGCGAGGAGUUUGAGAAGAUGAAGCAGAAACAGCAGGACGCAGAGGCAGAACUGGAGGAGCUGAAGAAGAAGAGAGAGGGGAGAAGGAAGAUCCUGGAGGAGGAGGAGAAACAGAAGAAACAGGAGCAGGACGACAAGAAAGCCAAAGAGCAGGAGGAGAGGAAGAGGAUGAAGGAGGAGAUCGAGAAGAGGAGGGCUGAGGCUGCAGAGAAGAAGAAACAGAAGGAGGAAGAGUCCACAGCACCUGCUUUUGCUAUCAGUCCUAAAGGUUCUUCUAAGAUUGGCGAGAAGGCAGAAUUCCUGAGCAAAUCAGCCCAGAAAAGCACCACGCCCAGAAUGUCACACACUCCAAUUGUCUCCAGGAUUGGCAACAGACUGGAACAGUACAAUACUGCCAUCCAGGGAAACAAAGAUGUAAAAUCCCCAAAGUCUCCAAUGGCAGAUAUUCCUAGUGGAGGCACACGCAGCAUCAAAAGCAUGUGGGAGAAAGGAAACAUUGGAAGCCCCUCUGAAAGUCCAGCUCCUCCAAACAAGGAUUUGGCUGGAAUCAAAGGAGGUGUGUCUGGACGAGUCAACAGUUGGAUGGCGAAGCCUGCAGAGGCGGAGAAGACAGUAGCACCAACACCUGCUGCAGCAGCACCAGCAGCAGCAGCAUCACCAGCAGCAGCAGCAAAGCCAGCAGAUGUGAAGCCGAGUGACAUCGGUAGCAAGCGCGGCAUGUGGGAGACCAAGAAGGCCUCUACGCCUGGCAAGUUCAAAUAGACGGAUGAAUUCAUGGAGGUGGCAAUUGGAAGCAAGUUUGUCACUAAUGCAGGCAUCCGACGCUAACUGUUGACAUGCCUGUUAAAUCAAGUCCUACCUGAGCAAACACAGGGCUCUGCUACUGUUUGUGCAUCUGUUCAACUUCACCACACCUGCAUUUCGCUUGAGGAUCCCACCCGAAUAAGGAAAAGAGGAGAGUCCAUUCUCCAACAUCCAGCUUUUAUCUUCACAGUAUGGCUAACGUUACACCGCUGCCUACUUCAGCUUAGCCAACUUUUGAGAUGGUCCCUCAAAAAUGAAAAGGGAUCGACAUGCUUUUAGCUUCUUUCACUUGAUUUUUGUCUCAAAGAUUUUCAAAGAACACCCAGUCGGAGUCUGUUUGGAUACUUACAUGUUACUUUGCUAUCAAUCCACACCAACAUGUUCAAUAUUCUUAUAAUGUAUUUGAUGCUAAUGUCAUAUAGCUUUUACAAAGUAAUGAGCAUUUUUGCUUUGUUUUUACUUAUACUCACUGCUUUUUGUGAUGACAGUCACAGUUUUGAGGCCUUAGAAAGUAUCCAACCACUCAGCAAUACGCUGGGUGAUGAGUAUGUACAUAAUCGAUUUGUUUCAUGAGAUGGCGCCACUUUCUGCUAAGACGCUCUUCAUAAAGGGUUUAUAAAUAAUAAGAAAUAACUUUAACAGUGGUUAAUGUAUCCUGUAUUAUCGCUUUAUAGAUCAGUUAGAAGCCAUCAAUAAGAAGAGUUCUAGGGUAAAGGAACUCCUCUGGCUGGUGUUUAUACUUUUGGUGCCACUUUUUAAUAAGGAAUCAUUGUGCUUAAUGACUUCAGGCUUAAUUAAUCACCAACUAUAGCAUGAUAGAUCCAACAAUAAGCACAAUUCUAAAGUUGUCAGAGGACAGCAGAAUAGACCAGCUGGUCUUCUACUUCAAGAAGGAAACACCAGCAUCUUUUGGAAGGAUUGCACAAGACACUUAGAAAUAAUUUUAGUUAUUCUGUGACUUCUAUGUAGUGUCAUCACCAGGUCAACAUUUAAAUGUGUCUAAGACUUUGGUUGAACAGCAAAUACCCACAUAGCUAAUGAUUUUCCUGUGAUACUUUGUCGUACUUCAGGUUAUUGCAAGGCAAAUGUCAGCAUGCCAACAGACUGAACAGAAAUGGAAAACAUGUAAAUGUAUCUGCUAAACAUGACCAUGUCUGUUGUCCUGUAUUUCAUGACAUUAGCAUUUAGCUCAAAAUACAUUCACUUAUCCUCUUAUAGGCUUUGAACAAAGUCCAUUUAUCAACAUCUAACUCACUUUUGCAUCUGCAAACUGAGUGGAUAACUGAGUCAUUAAUGGGGUUUUAGCAUUUAUAGCUUCAGACAUGAUGCCUUAUUGAGAGAUGAGUGCCAUUGGUUACUAAGUUUAUAACGCCUUUAGGAAGAGGGUAUUAUUACAAAGUGGUACUUGAGAGUCCACGUCAGACCAGAAGAUACUAUCAGUGGCACAUUCUGCUCAGGACUGCAGCCAAAGAACAACAGUGUGCAACAUUUUUGUGAAAAACACCUGAGUUUGUUACCUUCUGGCCUUGUAUCAGUUAAAAACACAUUAUGUUGUAAUAUAAACACCACCAAAGUCCGUUAAUACUUGUUCAUGCAAGUAUCUUCUGCAACAACUAUCCAGUGACCAAAUCUAUUUAACAAGCAGGGUUAGGUUUAGUCUGACAUCUUGGCUUAUCUAUCUCCCAUUUACAAGUCACUCAUUUUUCAGAUCUAUCUGCUCUGCAGUAACAGUGAAGGUUUUUCAAUUUCAAUAUUCCGUUUGUUUUAUCAAAGCCUGUAAUUCAGUGUUUCAGUGCACUUGAGUGGAAUCCUGCUAGAAUGUAAUAUGAGUCUUUCAGUAUUGUUGUGGUGGUUCGAUUUGUUUGAAAUUAUUAUUUGUACGGCUUCAGCAAUAAAAAAAAAACUGAAAAAAGUUCA